UUCUCACGAGGUCUAUUGUCAAAAUAUGUAGAUGAAGGGGAUAACUACUUGGUGCUUCGUAAAGCCGUGAAAGAGUAUCGAGCUACAAUGAAGGAAUAUUAUAAAGCUGCUAUUGAAGCAUUUGCUCAGGGAGAUCAUGCUCGGGCUAGCAAACUUUUAGAAGAGGGACAGUUUUUUCAUGGAAAAGCUCGUGAAGCAGAUGAAGAAUCUGCUCAAAUGAUUACCCAAGCUAGAAAUGGGGAGACUGAAGAUACAGUGUCUCUUGACCUACAUAACCAGGGUGACAAGGAGGCAAUACGACUUCUAAAGUGCCAUCUCUCCUCUCUUUCCGGCAUCUCAUGUAAGAUAUUGUUCUCACUGGUUUUAUUUUGUUUUGGAACUGAUUAACAAAACAUAGACGUAAUAUGUAUCAUCUUUCUUGCCAGCUAUGAAGUACCUUAAGGUUAUUGUGGAGACAAAUGGU